CUUGGAAAUGAGCGAGUACGGUGGCACUGAUGCGGAGUCUCUUCGCAAUGGUAUAGACGGCAUUUUUAACCAAGAGGGAUUCAUUCCGUUCAAGCCAGAAGAUUAUCGCCUGAAAAUGAUUGGUUGCACUUCAGACGGCGCCAGCGUCAAUUUUGGCCGAAAGUCGGGUCUUAUGACAAGACUUUCUGAAACAAGACCUUGGCUAGUCAAAAUUCACUGCUCAAACCAUCGCGUUGAACUGGCAGUGAAGGACGCAUUUAAAACAACAGCGUUUCAGCAAGUUGAUGAAUUCUACAUCAGUAACUUCAAUUUGUUGAAAAACUCCAGGAAAAUCAAAACUGAGAUUAAGGCAGCCUGCCAUGCUUUAAACAUCCAGCAUCACACACUAAGCAAAUUAACUGGUACUCGAUUCAUUGGUCAUAGACGUGCUGCAUACAAGAAGUUGCUUGCGAUUUGGCCAGCUAUUCAAGUAGCUUAUGAAAAUGUUGUUGCUGACCCGAAAACUAGAGCAGAAACACGAGCCACUGUUCAAGGAUAUCUAAAAAAAAUUAAUUCAUAUCAGUUUUUAUGUCUAGUCUGUACAUAUGCAGACGUAUUGGAGAUCAUAACACCAGCUUCCAAAAUAUUUGAAGCAGAGCACUUAAUGGCUUAUGAUGCUUGGCCAGCCAUAGAAGAAACGCUAAACAAUCUUACCGACACGAUACACGCGGACAUGGAUGAAGAGAUGCUUGUGAGCCAUCUAGCAUCUUUUCGUAUGGAAGACGGUCAGCUUAAAUCCUCCUUUUACAAGGGUGACGACAGUCACAAAGAAAAUGCCAACAAGCAACGCAUCACCAUUGAAUUGAAAAAUUUUACAUAUCUCAAUGAAGAUUCCGUAAAUUCCGCCAUUGGCAAGAAAAAAGAUGUCUGCAAUUCGUUAAAAGAAUUACUGGAAGCGAAAUUCGCCGAUUUUCAGGAGCCAGUUUUAAAGUCGAUGAUAUGGUUUGAUUGUAGGAGGUGGCCUACCGACGAUAAAUCUUUUGGGUUUGAUAAAAUAAAAGAAAUGUAUUUCCAUUUUAAGCAGCCCUUGGAUUUUAAUGGGUAUGAUGAAGUUGUGGCUCUUUGUGAAUGGCGUUCUUUAAGAAGCUUUGUAAAAGCCAACCAUUCUGGGGAAGAGCCAUUAAGUGUUUGGAAAACAGUGCUAACCUUCAAACGUACUGAGUUUCCAAACUUGUGCAUGUUGGCUGAGUUAGUUUUGUGCCUUUCAGCAUCAAACUCUACGGUGGAGAGAGCAUUUAGCCUACUCACACUUCUUUUAUCCAAUAGGAGGUUAACUAUGAGCCACGUCACCAUGGAGAAUCUUUUGUGCAUCAAUUUGAAUAACAAGAUUUGGACAGAAAAAGAAAGAGAGGAGAUUACAGAAAUGGCCGUAAUAAAAUACCUCGAAAAGCGGCGCAAAAAGAAAUGCAUAACAUGGGAACCACCACAUAAGAAGUCCUGCUCUAGCUCGUUAGACGUAACCACGAUUUCGUCGUCAGAUAACGAAGACAGCAACAGUGACGAUGAUGACAGCAGCGUUGUUGUAUUUUCUGAUUCAGAGUAGACCUUGAACAUGAACAAAAAUAUUGUUUUAAAUGACUCAAGUCUUGUUAACAUUAUCCCUCCUUUUAGUCUUCUGGAAAUUCCCAUUAUUUUCCCAUCUGCCUUGGUAAUUAUAGUUUGCCGUGCCAACUUUUAUUACACUGAAAUCAUAAGUAAACAUAUUUAAUAUGGCGGUAAAAAGAACACACAUUUUUCGUUGUGCAACACAAUAAAACAACGAGGAAAGGGACUAACACUAAAAUAGGCAUUUAAACAAGAAAUAACAUAUUUUAAACUUUUCGACCACUCACGCAAAUUAAUUUGCACGAGCUUUUGUGAUCGCACGUGGAUCGCUCACCCAGACUAAUUUACGUGAGUGAUUUA